AUGCAAAUAACUGGAGCAGAAUAUUCAAAUCAGUUGGAAAGUGCUUCUGAUGAAACAUCUAUUGAAUUCAUCAGUGUUCACGAACCAUAUGAAACGUCUAUUGAAUUCAUCAGUGUUCAUGAGCCACAUGAAAUUUUUCAAUCCACUUUAACUGAAAAUAUUGAAACCGUUGAAAAUAUUCAUGAUAUUUCAUCAACUGAAAUUAUUGGAACUGUUGAAAAUAUUCAUGAUAUUUCAUCAACUGAAAUUAUUGAACCUGCUGAAAAUAUUGAAACCGUUGAAAAUAUUCAUGAUCUUUCAUCAACUGAAAUUAUUGAACCUGCUGAAAAUAUUCAUGAUAUUUCAUCAACUGAAAGUUUUGAAGGAAAAUGGGAGAAUGAUGAAGACGCGAAAGAAUGUCGUAGGUGCCAAAAGCCAUUUAAUGCAUUGCUUAGAAGAAGGCAUCAUUGCAGGCGAUGUGGUCAAUUAGUAUGUUAUGAGUGUUCUAAAGAACGUACGAUAUCACGUGAUCAAAUAGUUACCCAAUCCGGAAACGGAAAAACUGGAAAAUCUUCACAUCGCAUCUGUACUUCAUGCUAUGAUUUAAUGAAUGCAGAUCAUCCAGAACAUGUAAAACCCGGAGUUACUGAAUUAAAUAUAUUAUUGCUGGGAGAAACUGGAGUAGGAAAGUCUACUUUUAUAAACGCAUUUGCAAACUAUAUAAAGUUUAAAAACUUAGAUGAAGCAGUGCGUGGGAAGAUGGAUACACUAAUCCCAUCCAUGUUCACAAUAAUGGAUGCAUACUCUGAACAGAAAACUGUUGUCGUAGGCCAAACUGAUGAAAAUGAAUUAGUUACAAACAAAGGAAUGUCCUGUACUCAAGGCUGUAGAAGUUACAAAUUCAGAAUGGAUGAUAAUACAGAAGUAAGAUUUAUUGAUACCCCUGGAAUAGGAGAUACUAAAGGAUUAAGCUCUGAUGAAAAAAAUUUCGAGAAUAUUCUAAAAUAUAUCAACCAAUUUGAUCAUUUAAAUGGAAUCUGCAUUUUCCUUAAAUCAAACAGCACUCGAUUAACCAUAAUGUUUAGAUUCUGUAUACAAGAAUUAUUAUCACAUCUGCAUAAGGAUACUAGAAACAAUAUUGUUUUCUGUUUCACUAAUUGUAGAGGAACAUUUUAUGGUCCGGGAGAUACAUUACCUGCACUAAAUGAACAAUUAUUGAAAACUGAUGUUGGAAUCAAAACAGAUCAAAGUACAUUAUACUGUUUUGAUAAUGAAGCAUUUAAAUUUCUAGCUGCAUUUAAACAACGUAUAACAUUUGAAGAAACUAUUAAAAAAAUUUAUGCAGAAAGCUGGAAAGUAUCUGCUGAUGCGUCUGAUAGACUUAUUCAAUAUUUUAAAUCUUGUACCCCUCAUAAUAUAAAGGACACUAUAUCACUUAACAAUGCAAGACAAAUUGUGAUGGAUCUUUCAAAACCUCUUGCUGAAGUUUGUCAAAAUAUUCAAAUAAAUAUUGCUCUAGCCGAUGAAAAAAAGGAAGAGAUAAAACGGUGUGAUUCUGUCAUUGCAGAUCUUAAAGACAAAUUAUACAUCCCGCAAAUCGAUCUUAGACUAAUUCAGUUAAAUUAUCCAAGAACCGUGUGUACAAGUGCUUCUUGUGUUAAAGUUUUAACUGUCGGUGAAACAAAAAUGCAAAAAAUUGACUAUGUAACUCAUUGUCAUAAACGGUGUUAUUUACAAGGUGUUGAAUUUAAUGUUAUAAACAAUAAGGCCCUUUUAGGUUGCAGAGCUAUGAGAAGAACAAAUAAUUGUCAAGUAUGUGGUUGUUCUUGGAACAAUCAUAUGCAUAUUACUUAUGAAAAUGAGCAAGUGUCUGUAGAUAAAGUUGAUGAGAAUAUAAAACUUUUAAUCAACGAGAAGCAAUCCGACCAAAUUAUAAAGGAGGAGUAUAUAAUUGAUCUAGAAAAUAGGAUCAGUCAACUGAAAGAAGAGAAAAGGAUUAUAAAUAAUAUUAUGAUAACAUUUGCAUUAUUCCUAAGGCAAAAUGCGAUAGCUCCCUUUAAUGAUGCAUACAUCGACUAUUUGGAUCAUUUCAUAAAUGAAGAAAAAAUUAAAAAGGGUGCCAAUCCAACGACUUACAAUAAUGAUGUACUUAAUGAACUUGAAACUUCAAGGAGAGAAUAUGUUGAAAAAAUGGAAACCAUAAAAGAUGCGAUUGUAACUGACAAUUCAUCUCUAACUCCGAUUUCUCCGGAAGAAAUUAACAACUUGGAAAACCAGUUAUAUCAUCUUACUAUUUCUGGUCAAACUUUACAAAUGAUGAAAGAUGAAACAAAACGCGGUUACAUUAACGCAAUAAACUAUCAUGAAAUACUUCAUAAUAGUACUUCUAGAUUUUCUAUCAUGCAGAAAAUGUUUUCACCUAGUAAACUUUAUAAACGAUGA